GUCAGCCUCUUCCAUAACCCACCAGCCAGCAAAGAAAGAUGGACUGUUCUCUUUUCUUCCUUCUAGCUGUCUGGGCUUGUACUGAGCGUUUUAUCUCCCAAGCAACUGCAGAACAGACAGAAUCAUGUCCAGACAGUGUCUUGGGCAAUGAGAGGCGAAGCAGCUGCCCAAAGCGCUGCCAGAUGGACAAGGACUGUCCAGGCAGGAGAAGGUGCUUGUGUGACGGGCAGUGCGGGCUCAGCUGCGUGAUUCCAGGUCGCACCUGCCCUUGGCCCCUGCCUCUCAACCCAAACACCAUUUCCCUGCUGCUCUCUCCCGCUCCUUCCUUCUCCGCUAUUUCUGAAACCCGCUGCCAGCCUGGCUUCGCGAUGGCUGGCAGUAUGGAGGCGGUAGUCCGCCGUUGUCAAGGCGAUCGUCGAUGGAGUGGCGAGGAUCCAACAUGCACAGCUGUUCCAGCAAUCGGGCCACGUUACUGCCCACUACCAUAUGAGAUCCGGAACGAAUUUACAAUCAAGGGCAGUUCUGCAGUCGGAUCAAAUAUCCUGUAUAGCUGCCACCCUGGAUUUAAAUUGGUCGGAAACAGGGAGAAUUUCUGUCAGCAGAACCAGACUUGGCAGUACCCUCAUCCCAUCUGUCAGAGAAUUUUCUGCCCUCCACCUGCUGAAGUGGACCAUGGUUAUCUGGUGGCUGUCCAGCGACAAGAGUAUGAAGUGGGCGGGGAUAUCUAUUACCUCUGCAAGAAGACAUUCCUAUUGGAUGGGCCCAACCGGGUGAACUGCCAAUCAAAUGGCACCUGGAGUGAGGUUCCUUUUUGUAGAGCCCGCUGCACAGUCCCAGCACAGCGAAGUCGAGUGACACUGGGAGGGCUGAAGCUCUGGCCUUAUGAGAUUCCCGACGGCACUGUCCAGCAUGGGGAAAACGUCACCUUCUACUGCAAACACCCCGAGAAACAGUGCAGCUUCACUGCUGUGCAGUCCUGCUUUGAUGGUGAACUACCAGCACCAGACUGCUACCUUGAGCCGACUUGGCUGCAGUACAAAAUCUUCCCCCAUCGCCUGGUUUCAGAAAUUGAGCUUUGUAAUUCCAGUGACUAGUGAACAUCGGUGAUCUCAACUACAGCAAAUAGCAUGCACUGCUUACUUUGGAUCAGUGUCAUGCUUUUUUCCUGCUUUGUAAUUGAUUCUUUUCUGAUUCCACUUUCUCUCUCUGCGCUGCUCAUUAACAAAAAUGUUUAUGUAUUUUGUAAAAUGCCUCCAGGGUCUGUUUUUUGGUUAAUUUUUGUUAAACUCACCAUGUUAUUAACCAGGGUUGUCUAUAUUUAUUUGACCAGUUUCUAUACUAUCCAGAGGUCUCUCUCUGUAGAAUUUUAGUCGACUCGUCCUGCCAGCUAUCAGCGUAAAAUAAAAACUGUCGACUAAUACGAA